GGGCGUUCUCCUUCACCUCGUUCUCUUCUCCUUUUCUUUUUCUGUAUCACUCCGUCCAUCUGCAAGGUCGGUUGCGACGGCGGCCUCCGGAGAGAGGAAGCGAGUACCCGGCUGCAGGAGUUGAGUUUGAAGCUGAAAGGAGAUGGAGAGCUUCAGUGACAUGCUGCGAAAGCUACAAGAGGCCCACGAGCGUGAAGUGGAGGGGUGGCAGGGGAAAGUCAGGGAGCUGUCCAACAAAAAGGGCUGCGACUCAAAGCGGAUGGAAGAACUGUUCAACAGAAACCAGCAGAUGAAGGAGCAGCAGCGGAUGCUCACCGAGAACAUCAGGACGCUGGAAAACAGGCUGAGGGCGGGGCUUUGUGACAGAUGCACAGUGACCCAGGAGGUGGCCAAGAGGCGGCAGCAGGAGUUUGAAGCCUCACAGAUUCAAAGCCUCCAGCACAUUUCCAUCCUGGCUGGAGAGAUGACCAACCUAAAGAAGGAGAUCCUGAAACUCAAAGAUGAAAACAGGAGUUUGAGAGCCGCUCUGAACAGAGGGUCUGCAGACCUGUCCUCCAGCGCCGAGCACAAAACCAACGGCUCCCCGGACCAGUCCCCCAGAUCCAGAUCCAUCAACCUCAUCAGCCCGACCCCCAGCAGAACCGCACUGCAGCCAGCAGAUGGCGACGUGGUCAUCAAAGUGGAGGCAGACCAAAGACGUGAGGAAAUUGAAUGCAGGGAGUUGAAAGGAUCGAGCCACAGCAGCUUUGAAGUCGUCAAGCCUCGGUCAUCACCAGCCUGGAGGACAGAUUCCAGCCUGGCUCAAGCUGCAGAGAAGAGAGCUCAAAGCAUUGAAGUGCUCGACCAGCAUCCGGGCAUUCUCCUUCAACCCCAUCGGAGAAACUCCUCUCCCGUUUCUGGAGUGGAGGUCAAACCGAGGCGACCUGUGGUUCCCAUCCCCUGCCACCCUCAGCCAAUCAACAGCAGCUCUGUCUCUCUGCCCUGGGCCCUAUCUGAAUCCUCAAACUGGGCUAAUGUUGCCGCUAUGGUCAGCAACCGCCAGAUGCCGAACUCUUCCAGGCUUCAACUGCCACACUUUCCCAACCUGAUCGCACCGCCCCACCAGCUCACCCCCAGGAAACAUGGGUUUUCCCCUUCCUGGCAUAAGCACAGCAUUCCGCAGCACCCCAGCAAGGAGCCCACGAUGGUCUGCAAGUUCCGAGACACGAAAGAACACGCAGACAAUAUACCAAAGCCCCCGGAGAAAAAGGACCCCCCACCUUACAAGGCUGAGAGAGUCCCCAGAGAGGUCACCCGAGACGCCCCUGAUGGGCCUCUGGACCUGUCAGACCGAGGGAAGUUAAAUCCAAACCAGAAGUCUGUGGAUGAGGCCUCACAAGGUGAGGGGAGGGUACAGGGGAGCAGUGAUGAGGAUGGGAGGACUCGCAUCCCAGCAUCCCCCUCGUCCCUCUGUGGGUUCCCAUCCUCCCACUCAGCCCCUCAGACACAGAAGAACCACGAGUCCGAACACAAAAACGGGGUCACCAAAGAGCAGGAGCAGAAAGAGGAGGUGAUGAAAAGGACAGAACAGAGUAACGCAAAGAAGGUUCCUCUCUCAUUACGUCCAGCAGUCGUAAUGUUGGAAACCCUAAAUUCUGCUUUACAAAAGCAAGAGUCUUUGUCAUCCAAUGGAAAGCUUACAAAGAUGUCGUCACCUGCAAAUGUGGUGGACAGCAGUUCAGACGAACAAGACGAGAACCUGAGCAGCUGUGCGAGAGAAAGUGCCCCCAACGGCAAGAGGAAGAGGACAACUUUGGAAAACGAAACCGACAGAGACACAGACAAAAACAACAUCCAACCGGAGAGAAGAAUCAAGAUCAGACUGAGACCGGAAGAAAGGAGUCCGAGCUAAAGAGGAUGGAUUUGAGAGAAGAUAGAAAGAAAAAAUGAAAGCAUAAAUGGUGUGAAUAAAUACAAAGAGGAAGAAAAGAAAUCCCAGUGGACCUGCUUCCACUGUGGAUUCAUAACUUUUUUUUACUGUUAUCUAAACUACAGUCUGUAGUUUCACAGAAAUAUUUGUAGAGUAGCUCCAACAUUUCUAGUUUUGAAGUUUAGUAGUCUUUUUGCCGGGUUUUCCUACCCAAACUACGACAGUAUUUCAUCAAAUCUGUGAGAAAUGUCUUUUUGCUGACAUGCAGAAACAGAAGCAGCAGAACCUUCAGGGGAGAAGUUUUAAAACUCGUUUCUCCUUUCUGGUUCUGGAGGUUUUCUGUUUUUCACACAUAUUUUUAUAACCCUGUUCUCCUUACUGUUACACCAGACAGAAAUGAAAUGAAAUAUACACAUAUUGUUAAUUGUUAGUUCUUAAAACCAUGAGUGUCAUUGGUAACCUGAGAUGUGAGGUUUUCGAUGUAUUUUAGUGUACAGUCAGAUUAGGAGGAGUUUGUUCUGUCACUGUUGGUUUUGUUGUUGAUUCCAUAAGUUCUGAUCAACCUGAUGCAGUGACAGUUUUGGUCAAAACCUAAUCCCUAGUUCAAGUGUGGAAUGGGAGCAAGGAUCCAUCACUCAGUUCUGGUCACCGUACAGAUUCAGACUGUUCUCUUCUGGGAAAUGAUCCUUUCAGGAAGAACGGUCGGUCAGGUCGCUGAGCGAAACGCUGCAGAUGCCAAACAGGCAGGAAAACAGCUGUUUCCAAAUGAUGUGACUAAAAAAGAGGCUGUUUGUGUUUAGAAGCAAAUCAGUUCGAACUCUGGGAAAAUCCGCUCUGGAAAUCUGCUUUGUGUUCUCUGGUUUUCUUCCUCUUCCUGCAUUGAUCUGUCCUCUGAAACUGUGAACAUUUGACCAGAAUGUCACCAGUGUCUCUGCACCCUACAAACAUGGAGGUAAAAUGUGGAGAUUAAAUGGAACAAACGGCACUUUGCUUGUGAGAGCGAACUGUUCCUGUGGAGGCAAAGAAGCAUUCCAACUGGACGCCAAAGUGGUUCUCCGGUGUGCUCCACACCUCCUUAUGUCGGCUUUAAAUUGUGAUCAGAGAAAAAAAGCACUUUGGUGACUUUUUUUAUGUGGAACCGUUGCUUUUACUGACCGUAUUAUUGUUUUAGUUCACUUGUUUUUGUGUUGACAGUGUUUUGAUAAAUUAAAACACUUAGAACUGAAAAUGUCAAUAUUAAAACUAAGUUUAAAGUUGUGA